AGAAGGCUGGUACUGGGCUACUAGUCAUCUUCUGCCUCUUCCUCAUGCAAACACAACAAACUGCCGUAAUCAGACUAUCAGAGGAAAGCGUUCCGCGGCGCCGCCGUGGCGUCCGGCGUCCGGCCUGUCACCUGUGAGUCGAGGCCGCACUUUGGCGCCCGCGGCAGAGCCCGCGACAUGCCUUGCCGCACCGCGCCGAGGCGUCCAAACACACGCUCCGCCCAGCCCAGAGAGCCCACUCCCGCCGCCGCGCGUCCCAUCCAAACCUCCCUCCGCCUCCGCGUCCCGCCGGCCGCCGCCAAUGGAGGCGCCGCCAAGCCUCCCCUACCGCCACCUGCCGCAGCAUCUCGCCGGCCUCCUCAAGACCCGGCCGCUCCACGACCUACUCUCCGACGCGUCCACCUCCCGCGCCGCACGCCACCUGUUCGACGCUGUGCCGCGCCCGACCCCCGCCCUCUGCGGCACGCUCAUCUCCGCUCUCUCAAGGCUCUGCUCGCACCAGGAGCUUCUCGACGCCUUCUCAUCGCUUCACCGCAGGGGCUCCGACGUCCCGCCCGGCUGUGUGCCCCUCGUUGUGAAGUCGUGCGCGAUCUUGGCCGCGUCACGUCAGGGAAAGCAGGUGCACUGUCACGCCAUUGUCCGUGGUCUCCUUGGGGAUAUCUUUGUGCAGACUGCUCUGGUGGAUUUCUAUGCAAAGAACGGGGACAUGGAUUGUGCUGUGAAGGUGUUUGACGAGAUGCCGGUGAAGGACCCGAUACCGAUGAACUGCUUGAUCACUGGGUAUUCCAAGUCCGGUGAUGUGGUGAAGGCGAGGAGGCUAUUUGAUGGCAUGGUAAGAAGGACAUCUGCAUCCUGGAAUUCAAUGAUCGCCUGUUAUGCGCAUGGUGGGGAAUACCAGGAAGCUUUGAGGUUGUUCCGUAGGAUGUUGAGUGAGGGUGCAAGGCCAAAUGCGAUCACUAUUGCGACGAUGUUUUCCAUUUGUGCCAAGACUGGUGAUCUUGAAACAGGAAAGUGGGCAAGGUCUUUGAUCGCAGAGCAGGAUUUGCAGAACAUGAUAGUGCACACUGCCUUGAUGGAAAUGUAUGUCAAGUGUCGGGCUAUUGACGAGGCACGCCGUGAGUUUGAUCGGAUGCAGCAGAGAGAUGUCGUGGCAUGGAGCACUAUGAUCGCUGGUUAUGCACAGAAUGGGAGGCCACAUGAAUCUCUAGAGCUGUUUGAGAGGAUGAAGGCAACCAGUUGCAAGCCAAAUGAGGUGACUCUUGUUGGUGUACUAUCUGCCUGUGCUCAGCUGGGCUCUGAUGAAUUAGGAGGACAGAUUGGUAGCCAUGUCGAGAGCCAGAACCUACCACUCACCAGCUACCUCGGAUCCGCACUAAUUGACAUGUACACAAAGUGUGGGCACGUUGGCAGAGCUCGCAGUGUCUUCAACCGGAUGGAACACAAGGUUGUCAUAACCUGGAACUCCAUGAUGAGAGGCCUAGCACUGAAUGGCUUUGCGCAAGAUGCAAUCACCUUGUACAAAGAGAUGACAGAGGAGGACGUCCAGCCAAACGAGAUUACUUUCGUUGCGCUGUUAACGGCGUGCACCCAUGCUGGAUUGGUAGACCAAGGUAUGUCCUUUUUCAAAGAGAUGAAGACAAUUCACCAUGUUUCCCCUCAAGUGGAGCACUGCGCGUGCAUAGUGGACCUCCUCUGCAAAUCUGGAAGGCUGCGGGAAGCGUACAAGUUCAUCUGCGACAUGGAGGUCGAACCAAACGCGGUGAUCUGGAGCACGCUGCUGAGCGCCUGCAGGGCUCACGCCGACGUCGAGCUGGCCAAGCUCGCCGCGAGCAAGCUCCUGGUUCUUGAGCCGGACAACUCCUCCAUCUAUGUCCUGCUGUCCAACAUCUACGCGGAUGCCGGCCUCUGGGGCGACGUGAGGGAGAUCAGGGACCUGAUGAGGAGCAAGAACGUGCAGAAGCUGUCUGCUUAUAGUUGGAUAGAGCUGGACGGUGAAGUGCACAAGUUCCUGGUGCAGGAUACGUACCACCCGAAAUCAGCUGAGAUUUUCAACGUCGUCGACGGCAUGGGGUUGCAUCUGGACGACGUUGAUUCUGACCCCGAUUUAUUUGUUCUAGAGCACUAUUGAACAUUUGAACAUGCUAACAAACAAUUGCAGCAGGGCAUCCUUCGUUCACUGCAGAUUGAUUGUACUUUGCAUAAUUUAUAUACAUGCAUGAUCCAUCGAUUCGAUUA